CUGUCAGUCAGUCAGCUGUUUGUUAUCGCGCGCGUCGCAUCUCCUAAACCGCCGGAUAUUAUCCGAUAUGACUCUGAUAAUAUCCGAUAAUUAUCACUAGCACUCCAUUGUGUGAUUGCUUUUAAUUACGUCUUCGGAAAGGAGUGGACGUGCGUUGUUUUGUAAAUAUUUUGCGCAGUGAUGUGGCUAACGUGGCAUUCUAUAGUUUGAAUUUCAUCGGAGUAGUACUCGGGAUGUUGCGCGUGUCUCUUCUGUGAGUUCGGAAUAUGAUGAGGAGGAGAAUCGCGCGCCAUGACUCCGAAUGUGGAGUGCGAGUCCCAGCGGCUGAGCGCAGAGGCAGUGCCCGUCCAUCAGUGCCGGAGGGUCUUACCACACGAGCCCUCACCGGCCCCGGCUUGGCUAGAUCAGGAGUACAACCCUACCACACACACAAGCCAGGCAGAAGAAAAGCUUCUGAACCCUGCGAACUUCACGCCUCUUAAAACGAAGCCUUAUGAAGUGGCUUUGACCAUUAGUAACGAGAAACAAGUGAAAUAUGUACCAAAGACAAAGUCCAAGUUUGAAAGGACGAAGGAUAGAAUAAUAAACGCUGUCAAGCCGCCGUGUUUUACUAUCUCCAUGAUUAUACUUAUGGUGAGUGUCCACGUAUUCGUCCCUGAAGAAUGGCGCGAUUGGCUAGAAUGGACGCCGCUGCCCGAGUGGUGGCACCAACCCUGGCGUCUGGUCUCCUAUGGCAUUGUCCACGCUAAUGCUGUCCACCUGGCUCUGAAUGCAGUUGUCGCUCUCGCUGUUGGCUGGCGGCUGGAGUUCGAGCAGUCGUGGUGGCGAGUCAUGGGCGUGUGGGUGGGAGGUGUGGUCGCCGGCGGACUCGGCGCUGGGCUACUGCAGCCGGAAGUCAGGGUCGUCGGGGCUUCAGGAGCUGUGUAUGCGCUCCUCACUGCGCAUUUACCUAAUGUUUGCCUUAAGUUCGGCUACGUACCGCUUUGGUGGUUUCGGCCGUUGAGCGUGAUAGUGCUAGGGGCCUCUGAGACCUGCUGGGCACUGGUGCGAGGCCCCAUGAUGACCCCGGGAUCACCACACUCGCAACAGGACAAUGUUGCGUGGUCUGCCCACGCCCUGGGAGCUGCUGUUGGGAUCCCACUAGCCUUUAUCAUUUUCAAAGCUGAUAAAGAAAACGACGAUAAGACGUACAUUCGUUUAUGUCGGGCGUUCUCAGCAACCAUAUUGACAGCGGGCGUUGUUUUUGUGGGUCUUUACUACGCGACUUUAUAUUCCAUAUAGGUUACAAAGUUUAGAGACAAAAAGCUUAAAAAAUUUAAAACAUAGGAAACAAGAAACGAUAAAUGGCCUAAGAAUGUAUAAAGAAGCUGAUUGCUGGCCACGCUAACAUUGUUCAGGAACAUUUACCAGCGACAAGUCCAAAAAAUAAGUUUUUGAAAGUCGUGCUAACUGUGUUCAUGGCCCAUCCUUAUCCAUCCACGAGGAAGGUCAGUAUCCCAAGUGAACAUUAAUUGCUGACAAUGAUGAUGUGUUCAACGAAGUGUUCUUCGAAAUACCGUCCACUAGGCUUUCUGAGUAUUUGAGGAGUUUUACUAUUUCCUCGUCAACGAGACGACAAUGUUUCUCAACUUCAAAAUAUGAAAAAGAGCUUAAAUGGAAAACGGACGAAUUUUAUCUAGAGAUACCAUGUCUUCCAUUGGAUACGGAAUUUCACAUAUACAGCAGAUACAGUUCACAGCUGUUCGGACUAGAUUCUUGCUAUCUACUUAAAUGCUGUUGAAGAUGAUUUAAGAGCUAACUCUCCUGUCGUUAUCAUCACGUUUGAUAAUACCAAGAUGUGGCAAUAUUCUGCAGUAGUUUUUGCGCGAAUCUUGUCAAAAUGUUACGACUAUUAUCGCGUAACUGAAAAGUGUAGUGUAGAGCAUUAUUUUAUUAAUUAAUAAGUCUACAAUGAUAAUAUUAUAUAUUGUAUCAAUUUUAAAACUUUAGGAAUUGGUUUUAUAUUGUGAUGGGUGCUUUAAAAUCACAUCUUGUUUUGCCUGUUCGCUUUGGAUGUAAUAUAGAGUAAAUAUAUAUACUUAUUAUGUUCAUGAUAAUUAACUAAAAUUACACCUUUACUUGUGUCAUUAAAAUAUAAAGAUGUUCUUGGUUUACUGCGGCAACGUACAGUGUUAGUAAUAAGUCUCAAGAAGAAGAUCACAUUAUAGUCUCAAUAAUCAUGAUUUCUAUGAAAUCAUCAAGUUGUUUUGUAUCAAAACAAUGUUAUAUUAUGGCUAGUGAUUUGUAAGGAUAUGUAACGUUUGUGUCAUAAUAGAUUAAGUUUGUGUUGUGAACAACUACCUAUAUAGAAUAAUGUUUUGAGUGUUCUUGGUAAUGUUCUCGGGGGCCUCUCAUCCUUUUUCCCACUAGUUUCGUAACAAUUUAAAAUUACCAUGAAAACAUGUUAAAAUUGUAAACCACAACAAUUUGGGUGCUAAUACCUACAGGAGUAAGACCCUACUGAAAGCGUUGUUUUAAAGUACUUAGUUAUAAGCUACGUUAAUAUAAUUAAUAUAGUGAUGAGAAUCACAACAUUUGAAAAAAUAUUCCACUCUCCAAUUUUACAAAGACGAUGAGCUUACAUUCAUUACAUUGGAACAUUGUAUUUUGAAGCAUUAUCUUACCUAAAGUUAAUGUGAGAUUGUAGGUACAUUAUCCAUCACUUUCCUUCUGUAAGUUACUGUAACUUUUAAAGCUAUAUUUAAUUAAUAGUUUGAAUGGACAUAUCAAAUUUAGAUGGAAUCAAUCGAAACCUGUAUAUAAAACUUG